CUGAAACUCCAGUCUCGACGUCCACUCCGCGCGGUCCGCCUGUCGUUUCCCGCCAACAAACUAAAACAACCCUUAUUUAUAUACAAAUAAACAAAAUCAAAAUUGUGCAGUAAAGCAGACGAGGACAGUUGUAUUUUUUUAAAUUUUUCAAUCGAGCGGGAAACGGCGACACGCGAUUCCAUUCGAUACGUUCGUAUUUCGUUGUGUUUCGAACUAACUGGGCAACAGUUGUUUGUGUGCGUUAUUUUAUGGAUAAAUGAAGGAUUCUUUGGUAAAAGAAUUGGCAACGCGAUCCCGAUACCAAGACACGAAACGAACGUACAACGGUAGUUAAGCGAUCCGUACGUGGUACGAGGUGAAAGACCGCGGACGAUCGAGACAAGAUUCCCGAGUUGAGGUACCGAACCCGGUGACGUCACAAUGGCGUCCACCGACACAUCGACCGCCAGCAGUCAGAUAUCCGCCGUCGCAGCUGAGGAGCACAAGCGAACCGUCGACGAGGCAUUCCUCAACAAGUUGAAAAGUCUCGUCGAGAGGUUGAGGCUUGAGAACUCGACCUUGAAGAAGUCGCUCGAUGUCGAGCGGAGCGAGGUCAGAGCACUGAAGGCCCGACACGAGAGCACAUUGAGAAACCUAAAGACUGAACACAGAAAGAAAGAGGAGUUCUUAGAGAAGCAACUCAGGACAGUAUGCAAGCCGGACAGGCCGACAGAAGAUGCACACUCAGGCAAUAGCAGAUUAGUAGAAAUAAAGAAGUUGUCAAUGGAGAUUCAGUCUUUAAAAGCUGCGAACAAGGGUCUACAAGAAAAACUCAAGGUCGCCCAGGCGGCGGAGUGCGCCCGCGCGGCCGAGCUGCGCGCGCAAGCGGCCAAGCACGCCGCGCUCGAGCAGGCCGCGCGGAGAGACGCACGCGCACAGUGCCAUAAACUGCUGGAGGAAAUAAAAUCGAAAGAGCGGACCAUCAUACAGUUGAGACGAGAGGCGGCGCGAGCGGCAGCCGCGCAACAAAACGAUCAGGUGCAAAGAAUGGAGUGCGGAGCCAAUGAGUUCAGCAGGAAACUGCGUAUUGAUCAGGGAAAAGAAAAGAGCAACCGGGAAGAUCUGAAAACAGACAUACAACAUAGGAAGGAAACGUUUUACAGGCAGGAAGCUCCGUCGGACGAGGACUCAGCGGUGUCAUCCGCACCAGCCUCGUUGUCGCCACAACCGCUCAACGACAUGUGGUCAUGCGGGCAGUGCCGCGGGGCGGCAGAACGCGCAUCGGCGGCGGCGCGCGAGUGCACGCGACUCGCGGACGCGCUGCGAGACGCGCGCGAUCAGCUCGAGCUCAUGGAGUUCAGGCUCUUGGAGUUGGAGGACGCACACCCCGAUAAGGGUGCUAGGGACAACCUAACCGACUCGGAUUCGGGCUGCGUGUCCCCCGGCUCCCGUAUCAAGGAUUCCGCAUCGCCUGAACUCAAACGAAUGGAUUCCGGCUACAAAUCACCACAGGUUCCAAGCAGCCCCUGCAACCCGCGACGGCACUUAGGCACACCUCACGAAGACUUUAAGGAGGACUUCGCUAAGGCGCAAGUGCUCGCGGACAUCUUGGACCGAAACUCCGAAACCACCAGUGAUUCGUUGAAGAGCAACCCGGUGAAGGAGCAUCUCGAACAGAUGAUCCUGAAUGCGGCGUCGGCGGAAGACAGGAGUUGCUUGGAGCAGGUUCUAAUGCUGCUAUACAACCUACAAGCGUUGAGCAGUUCUGUCAGCGAAGAUGAAUGCUAUCAGGCAAAACCGAGAAGACUAUGUGAUCUACGAUCAAAAGACACAGACAUUCCAUCGCACAAAACUCAGAAAGCAAUAGCAACCGUCACACCUUACCAGCAGAAAGGAUACAAAUGUGAAUCGUUGGAAAGUCUUUGCAGUGAAGAAAGGAAACCGAACAGUGUUUUGCAGGAGAGCGGCAUCUUCGAGGGCGUCGAAACAGAGACAAAGAGCACGCAGACCGACGUCAACGAAAGUUUUGAGUGCACUGGUGAACUAAACACUGAAAUACAACGACUGAAUAGCAUAAGAGAGAAACUUGAGAGACAAGGCGUUAGGAAUAGGACGUUAAGUGUGAAGGAAGAGGGAGAGGGCCUGGAGUGCAGGUGCGUGAAGUUGGGGAAGAAACACAAGCAGUAUUACGAGAGGAGGCUUAAGUUUUUGGAGGGUAAAAUCUCUAUAUACGAGGCGGCGCAAGACGUCAAAGAGGCUAAGCUCGCACAGAGGUUGCAAAAAGAAUUUUUGUUAGAAAAUCGAAUACAAGAACUUGAAUCGCAGUUAACAGAACUUCAAGAUAAAUAUGAAAGGCUAGAAGAGGAAUGUUGUGAAUUAGAGGAGAUAGAAAAUGAUACUCGCUUACAUUGGCAACAGCUUGAGAUGGACUAUGAGCUCUGUUCAGCACAAUUAAGAGACAUGACGGAGCAAAGGGAAUGUUCGAGGGCUCAAGCCGAGCGGCUCAUGACCGAGUUGACUAACAGGGAGUGCGCUUUGAAGACUAGAGAGAGUGAACUGCUGACUAGGUUGGACAAGCUGGAGAAGGCAGUACCAGCAUUGAUAGCUUGGAACGUCGUUCAAGCUAUUGGAGCUAACAUCUCUUAUGGCGGACAGCGUGCGUUGAUGAGCCGCAUGGGUCCAUACGGGCAGAGCACGAAGGCAGCCAUCGCCCAGAUCAGGCAGGAGUCGCACAAGAAGGAAUGCGCGGCGCUAGUGGCGUGGACCGACAUCAACGCAGAGCCGCCGCCCAACGUCAAGGAGUUGCAGCAAAAAGUUACAAAGCUAAUUGGAGAGAAGAGGCAGAUAGAAGAUCAGACGUCAAAACUGACGAAAGCUUUAGAGAAGAGAGUAAGAGAACUGGAGGAAGAGUUGGAAACGGCUCACAGGCAAAUGGCAGCUGCCGCUUCCGGGGCUGAAGCUAGGAAGGACAUGAUCGAAGACAAGAUCGUUGAAUUAGAAGAGAAUAUCAGGAGGCAGAAGGACAAUGAAAAUCUCCCAGUGGAUCCAUCGAUGGGCACCAAGAUCCGAGCAUUACUCAUCAGCGAGCAAGAACUGAAGACAAGAGUCGCCGAGCUCGAGAGAAGAGAGACGGCUUACUUGGAGAUGUUGACUCAGGCAGAUGACAUGUGGGCGGAGAUGGAAGGCGGCUACAAGAAGAAAAUCGAAGAGUCGCAAAACACCGAGACACAGCUGAAGGGAAAGAUAAAAAAACUAGAGACAGAAAGAGACCAGUGGAAGAAAUGCUUCGAGCCAUUGAAAAAGAAACUCAGAGAAGUGGAAGAGUCAGAGUCGGGAAUGCGGAUAGCCUUGGAAAAGGCUGAAAGAGACGCGAAGGCUCUAAAGGCGCAGAACACUAAUCUGACUGCGAUGUUUGGUAAAGCCGAUGCAGAGGCGAAGAAGUCAGAAGCUGCGUUCAAAACUGUUGAAACAAAAUUCAAAAAGGAGAUAGAACAACUAAGGAAGUUAAAUAAACAGCUGGAUGAUGAUCUGAAGACACAAAAAGAAGUGUCAAAGAAGACAGAGAUGAGUUUCUUGGGUGAUUUGGAGUGUAUACGAAAGGAACUCAACAGGGCUUGCAAGAGUAAUCAAGAUCUAGAAGUAACCAACAGUGAAUUAAAGGAGGAGGUUGAAUCUCUGGAAAAGCAGCUUGCGUUGACGCAAAAAGCUUUGAAUCAAUGCAAGAGGAAAUGCGAUGAGAAAAUAAAGACGUUGAGUCACGAAUUGUCUAUCAAGACUGAGGAGCUGGAAGAACUGAGGAGCGAAACGAUGCGACAGUCGUACCACGCGUCGCGUAUAGAUCUGAAACCAGAGAGAACAGAAUACGUAGACGAAGGUUACUCAAUAUACACCGCCGUACCAAAGAAGACAGACUACGGACGAAUGCAUCACAGCAUGAGUUAUAUAACUUCGGAUUCCCGUUGUUCCUGCCCAUCGAUGAGGAGUCAGCUAGUCAGCCAGUUAAUAGAAGACCUGUUCGAAAGGAUCCACAAUACUGUCGAUGAAGAUCUGACAAGACUGUGCAAGGAGAUCGCCCCGGCUAGCAGUAGGGACAUCACAAACGAAACCAAAGCGAAAAUUACAAAUUACCUCUUAAUGGCUAUAUCGAAAGAGCUCGUUAGGUCUAUAGGAGAUGCCGAUGCAAAGACUGAUACCGAGGAAUGGCAGCGCGCAGUGUCAUCAAUGACGUACACGGUCCCGUACGCGCGGGACGGAGAGACCUUCGCGCCACUGGCGUGCGGUAAUGCGGGCGUGGUGCAGGGCGCGGCGCGGCUGGCGAGCGUGAGCUGCGCGUGCGCCGCCGCGCGCCUCUGCGCCGCGCUGCCCGACCUCGCGGACGCCGUCAAGAUCUGUCAGGAGGAAGUUCUGGACCAUGGCGACGUAAAGAUCAUGGAAGAGCAGUUAGCGAAUGCGAUCGAAAGUAUUGUUAAUUGUCCAUCUUGUGCAUUGGGUACAAAUGCGAUAGUUUGGAGCACGGACGUUUGAACGCCGCGUGCGUGCGAAUUAUGUGUGUAUACCUCCACCGACCUCACUCUGGUGCCUUCAUUAGUUAAGCCGUUAGAAACUAACGAAAUGUAAAUAAAUAUUGUAACAUAAUGAAAAUAAUAAUACUCUUAUUUCAUAAUAAGAUUAUAAUAACGUAAGCGAAACAUAUCGAACAAUCGUACCUUUCGAAUUAUAUUAAUGCCGCAUGGGUUUUCGACAUUUAUUGGUUUUUUGUCUUGUCGUUUCUGUGCCAAUCGUGUUUUAUGUACGCUGGCUUGCAACAAAACUGAAUCGAUUUUAAUGUUAAAUUAAGUAGAGAAUAAAAAGUUUGUCACGUAGAGUAAAUCUCGUAGUUGGUUAGUCGAAUAAACAUUUGAUUGACCAUAUUUAAUGUAAUUAGUUUGAAAUAGUCACAAAUGUACAUUUUAUUAUAGUAUGUAUUCCACCGAAGUUUAAUUUGUUUAAAAUGUAAAUGUUUUCUCUUAAUUUUUGGGGAUAGUGGUCUCGUUGUUGCAUAGUUUACUUGCAAGCCAGUUUAGUUUGUGUAAAGUUGUAACACGUCGAAGAAUCAAUGUUAUUAACAAAACGAGUCAUUCAAGGAAAUUAGCGAUCGUAUUUACUUUAUUUUGUAUUCAUUAGAAAUGUUUUAUUUACGAAAAGAAAUUUCAUUGAUGAAUUAAAAUGACUAUUUAAAUUUA